AAAGAAAAGAGAGAGAGAGAGAGAAAUUGAAAGCUAAAAAAAGAAACACUGCAGAGGGCAGACCGUACGGUAUUUCCUGAAGGGCGAAAGAGGAGAGAGAGAGAGAGAGAGAGGAAGAAGAAGAAAGAAGCUCAAUCAAUCACUGUCGAAGAAGCAUCUCCUCUCAGCUUUCGUUGUAAUCUCGCCCUCGAAAUCGGCUUCUCCGGGCUUUCGAUGGACAUGUAUGGACGCAAUCCGCCGAUGAAUGCCUCUCAACCCGCUGAAUGGACCCCCGGAGAUGCCGACACCGGCCUCGAUGAAUCGAUGUGGCAAUUAAGGCUGGGCAGUGAGACGUACCCAGAGAGACCAGGUGCCCCUGACUGUGCCUACUACAUGCGAACUGGUGUCUGUGGUUACGGCAAUAGAUGUCGUUACAACCAUCCUCGCGAUCGUGCCACCGUUGAAGCAGCUGUUAGAGCUACCGGUCAGUAUCCUGAACGCAUAGGUGAACCCCCUUGUCAGUUUUAUUUGAAAACUGGAACCUGUAAAUUUGGGGCUUCAUGCAAAUUCCACCAUCCAAAGAAUGCAGGUGGAUCCAUGAGCCACGUUCCUUUAAAUAUUUAUGGAUACCCAGUACGAGAGGGUGAGAAAGAUUGUUCCUACUAUUUGAAAACGGGGCAAUGCAAAUUUGGUAUAACCUGUAAAUUUCAUCAUCCUCAGCCUGCUGGUACAACAGUUCCUCCACCACCAGCAUCUGCACCUCAGUUUUAUCCAUCGGUGCAGUCACUAAUGCCUGACCAGUAUGGAGGUCCAUCCUCUAGCUUGAGAGUUGCAAGAACUCUUCUUCCCGGUUCCUAUAUGCAAGGCGCCUAUGGUCCCAUGCUAUUAACCCCAGGGGUCGUUCCUAUUCCAGGCUGGAGUCCUUACUCGGCACCUGUGAGCCCUGCUCUAUCUCCUGGUGCGCAGCACGCUGUUGGGGCAACUUCUUUAUACGGAGUUACACAGCUCUCUUCCACCACUGCUUCGCUUCCCCCCGGGGUUUAUCCAUCUCUGUCUUCCCCGACAGGUAUUCUUCAGAAAGAACAGACCUUUCCAGAGAGACCCGGUGAACCAGAGUGCCAAUACUACCUAAAGACAGGAGAUUGUAAGUUUGGAACAUCUUGCAAGUUCCAUCAUCCUCGAGAUCGGAUCCCGCCAAGAGCUAAUUGCGUCCUCAGCCCCAUUGGCCUUCCUCUACGCCCGGGUGUGCAACGCUGCACCUUCUACGUACAAAACGGCUUCUGUAAGUUUGGAUCAACAUGUAAAUUUGAUCAUCCAAUGGGAACCAUCAGAUACAAUCCUUCUGCGUCCUCUCUCGCUGAUGCACCGGUGGCUCCUUACCCAGUGAGCUCUCUCUUGGGUGCUCUUGCAGCCGCCCCUUCUUCUUCAUCGACUGAGCUCAUAUCUGGCGCUGCAAAAGAUCCCUACUUGUCCGGUCUGCCUACUUCAAGAAGCACAUCUAACAUCUCUGCAGGUUUGAUAUUCUCCCAAAGCACCGGCGGCUCAGUUCCAUUCUCUGACCUGCAACUCUCGAGCCAGACCUCUCUUCCUCUUACCGGUAGCAGAAUCACAAGACAAGGCCGCGAAAUUCGUCGAUCCUUUUGAAUUGGUACGGGCUCUGGAUCACCUUUUGCAAUUCUUAAUCUAUAUGAUUAUUAUUAUUAAUAUAUAUAGAAGCAUGUGAUGUGAAUUUAUAUAUAUAAUCCCCGUCCCUAAACCCAAGAAAGAAAAAAAAAAAAGCUUUUUGGGUAGAAACUGAGUGAGAAUCAUAUAUAUAUAAGAGCAAAUGUAUAUGUGCAUAUAUCAGAAGCCAAAGACAACAAAACCAAAAAAAAAAACAAGAAAAAGGCUUCAUUUUUUUUUUCCUGUGUAUAAUGUUUGUAUAGAGACGGACAAGGUUUCUUUGUUUU